AUGGUUAUUGCAUUUAUUUCACGAGCAUGCGUGAUAGUUAUUUCAUUAUGGGAUGGAGAGACCGAUCAAACCAUCUUCGACACAUCUAUACUAGUCUUCGAUAUGGAUAUGUUGGAAUCUUCUGGUUAUAAAGAUUUUGUGUGGGCAGUUAAACUAAACCGUAUGAAUUUAAACAUGGUCGGUUUAUGGCCUACAACCAAUAAAGACGCUAUGAAAAUAUUCGGACCUGACAUUCGCGUGGCUUUUACUUUUAUUGUGAUAACAUUUGGAACUCUUAUUCCGCUUUUCUGUGCCCUUACACGAGUUUGGGGCGACCUAAUACUGAUGGUUGACAAUUUCCGAAUUACGUUACCUGUAAUGGUGCUACCAGUUAAAAUUGUUAUUAUGCGAUGGAAACAAACAGUUUUGUUAUCCCUCAUAAACACGAUGGCGGAAGAUUGGAUAGCGUCAAAAGUGGCCGCAGAGAGGGAUGUGAUGAUAAGACGAGCACGAAUCGCACAGAUAUUCGUAAUGUUCGGAUAUUUUAUGAUGGGAAUGGUAUUUAUUACGCUAAUUAUUCUUCCCUCUUUUGGUAUACAAAUGAGAAACUUAACGAAUCUCACGGAUCGGAACAAACCAUUACCGCUGCAGACGUAUUAUUUCUACGACACAGAUCGGAGUCCACAAUUUGAGUUGACAUUUCUCAUUCAAGCGAUAACAGUCAUCCAGGGAGCUAUAAUUUACACGUCGAUAGAUUCCCUUUUGGGUCUCAUGAUUCUUCAUAUCUGCGGCCAAUUGGAGAACUUUAAGCGUCGAAUAAUCAGCUUGGUCUCGAGCAAAGACUUCAACAAAGUUCUGAGCAGCAAUAUAAUGAUUCAUUUACGUCUGAUCAGGUGAAUU